CAUUGUUGAAGACGGUGUGAUGGUGCAGAUCACAGGAGAGACUAUGGACGCUCUACGGCAAGCCCUGAGGGACAUGAAGGACUUCAGUAUCACCUGUGGCCUGGUCGACCAGGAGGACAGACAGGAACAUGUUCACAUACAGUGGAUAGAAGAUGACAUCAACUUCAACAAGGGAGUGAUCAGUCCUAUCGAUGGGAAGUCUAUGGAGUCCAUCACUAGUGUGAAGAUCUUCCAAGGGUCGGAGUUCAAGGCCAACGGGAAGGUCAUCCGCUGGACAGAGGUGUUCUACCUCCAGAGUGAUGACCAGGCUCAGCCCAACGGUCUGAGUGACCCUGCUGAUCACAGCCGCUUGACGGAGAACGUAGCGAGGGCGUUCUGUGUGGCGCUUGUGCCCUCACCUGAAACUGUUGAAGGAGGAUGGUUGGCUGCUGAGCCUACGUGCUUCACCCUCGACUCCAGAGCAGCAGAGCACAACGAUUUCUGCCAAUCAGGGCAGCCAGAGCAUCUGUUAAUUGUCUUCUAA